AUGCGCUCGCGUGGUUCUUACGUACUUGCUCGGCUCGAGCAGUUCUUCGACGACACGAUCGUCCUGGCGAGCAGAGAUGGAGAGCUUCCUGUCGUUGAAGCGCUGCGCGAGUAUGCCAGUUACAUCGCCCUCACGGAAAGCUUUUUCGAAGCUGUUCGCUGGUACUCACUGGUCCGCGACCACCGGGAACUCCGCAGAGGCGUUGGUUCAAGCGAUCACCCGAUGCGUCUCGCCCAGUCGUGCUGGAAUGGACGCUGUGCGCGUGCUCUCGAAUCAGCUGAUGCUGGCCAUCAACGAGUUCGCGGCUCCGUCAUCGACGAAGACCCCCGCGGGUUUGUUAUCAAUCCCGUGCUUGAUGAAGAAAUCAUCGAAGCGGGCAGAACUGGGGCGAUUCAAACGGUCCGCGCGCUAAAGAAGGAUGCCAGCGCUAGUGCCCGCAAUGACUGCUUCUGGAGAGCAGUCCUCGCCGACCCGCCACACCGAGGCAACGAGUAUUCAGUCAACGACAAGGUUUAA